AUGGAAUUCAGGCUUAUUUUUCGUGAUCCUUCAGCUGACGCUUACUUGCGACCGGCAGCGACGCGGCCCUCCCAGCGGCAGCCCUGCAGGCGGGGACGCAGCGCCGCAACCGUUAACGCACGGCGGCACCGCCUCCCUCGCUCGCUCGCCCGCCUGCCGCCCCUCCCCCAGCCUGCUCCGCACCGCCGGGGGGCGCUGUCGCCGAAGCGGGCGGGCGCGCCGGACGCCCAGGAGGGAGGAGCGGGCCGGGGCCGACAUCCGGGCGGCGCCUCUAUGGUGCGGGCGGGCGGGCGCUGCCCCGGCAGGCGGCGCUCUAGCCGCCGCCGCGCUCGGCUCUUCUCGGAGCUGCGCUGCGAGGAGCCCCCGCGUGUCCGCCAUAUUGGCGCCCGCGCCGCAGCCGCUGCGCGUUGUUCCUCCUUCUCCUCCCUGCGCGGCCGAGCGGGGGAGGGGACGUCGGCGCCGCCGGGCGGGAAGCGGGGCGAGGAGGCCGCGCGCUGCCGGGAGGAGACGGAAACGAGCGGGGCCCGCGUCCCUCCGCGCCCGCCCCCUGCGCCACUCGCCAUGGCGAGGAGGCCUGGCGGCCCCUGA